GAGCUGCUGCUGCUGCUACGCUGUAGCGACUGUAUCGCUCACUACGAUACAGUUUCGGGCAGAGAUGUUGUCGGCUCUCCGGUCCUAUCUCCUACCAAUUAUCAAACUGUACCUUCUUGGUGUGAAGGUCCUGCUGGUUCAGCUUUUCAGUAGACGUUUCAUGUUGCCAGCGAUGCCGAGACAAGAUGGCAAGGUUGCCAUAGUGACAGGAGGAGCUAGGGGAAUCGGCUAUGAGGUAGUCCGCCACAUGGCCAGACUGGGGGCGCAUGUUAUCAUAGGUGGAAGGAAUGAGCAGGAGGGUCUGGCAGCCAUCAGGAAGAUCUGUGAAGAGUACAAAGAGGCCAAAGUGGAGUUCAUGAAACUGGACCUGGCCUCUUUGCAAUCUGUCCAUCAAUUUGUCCAGCGCUUCAAGGAGCAGGACCUGCAGCUUAACAUUCUGGUCAAUAAUGCGGGUGUCAUGCUGGUUCCAGAGGGCCAUACUGAGGAUGGAUUUGAGCUGCACUUUGGAGUGAACUACCUUGGCCACUUCCUCUUAACUUGGCUCCUCCUUGACACACUAAAAAAGUCUGGCAAAUGUGGUCAUUUCUCCCGUGUGGUCAACGUCUCCUCGUCUGCCCAUCACCUCGGCGAGAUCAGAAUAAAUGACCUGAACAGCAGCAAGUCUUAUUCAGCCCAUGCUGCUUAUUGUCACAGUAAGCUGGCACAGCUGUUAUUUAGUUCCCACCUCCACCAGCAGCUGGAGCAUGGUGGUUUCCCGCUGAGUUCAUGUGCUGUGGAUCCAGGCAUCGUGGACACGGCUCUCUAUCGCCACCUCUGGACGCCCCUCUGUUUGGCACACAGAAUUAUUGCUCGCCUGCUUUACAAGACUCCCUCUGAGGGCGCUGCCACUGUGCUGUACGCCGCUUUGUCACCAGACCUGGAGGGGGAGUAUGGCGGAGACUUCUGGGCCAACGGGCAAAGGGAGAUGACAACACCAACAACCUUUGACCCAAAACUACAGCUGAGCCUUUGGGGAACCAGCCUGCAGUUGCUGGGCCUGCAGUAGCAUGGGACUAAGGGACAAAUACAUGGACUAAUCCUCAAAAAAAAAAAAACCUACAUGAAGUAAGACUCCUAACCCAGGGGUCAUCCAGACACCUUCUAUCUCCUUCUUUUCUCAGAAUUUCCCCCCCAUCCAUACCUCACACCGAGUUGUUUGUAGCGAUUUAUCUAGUUAUUGCGGACAGUGAUUUAAAGUGAGGACCUCCAUUUUGUUCCAAACCCGCCAAAGAAGGGCUUCAGGGGAUGGAAGAUGUUUUUUUUUUUUUUUCACAAUGAGCAAACAGACAUAUACAUGCACAGUUACAAAACUAGGGCUGUCAGCAUUAACUUCUUACUGGCCAUCAGUGAAGGUCUGAAGCUAUUUUGUCCCUUUAGGCGCACCGUGGAUAAGCCUCCUCAGUGUCUCCCUGUAGUCCCAGUGGUGUAAGAGAACGACACUGCUGCAUCUUUGAAUGGCUCAUUUCACAGUAAAACGCUCUCCGACAGCUCAGUUGACGAGUCUCAAGUAAUAUCGACCUUAUGACAUCACACAUUUCACUUUUUAAUGUUCCUUUUAGCUGUUUUUAUUUAGUUUUUGAGCCAUAGUGAGUUCCAGUUUUCCGUGGUUAAAUUAAUGUCACCACCUUCGAUCUACCAGAAGGUCUUUACUUUAUUUCAAGAUAAAAGCACGGUUGAAUGAAGGUCUUUACUUUUUUUCAAAAUAAAAGCACGGUUGAAUUCAAACAGCAAGUUCUCUUAGCUUAAGUCAGAACAGAAAUUCAAAAUAGAAACCUAACAAUUAUAAUUUUUCAAUGAGAACUAAUGGAAUUAAACAUGCGAUUAAAACUGUGAUUAAAAAUGUCAAAUGGUUUGACAGCCCUAGUCCAAACAUAUGCGGGCGUUAUAUUGAUUUAGGAUUUUGCAGUAGCUACUGGGCAGACUGACAUUUAUUUAGAUAGCAGUUAUCAUCCAUCUGUAAUAGGUUUAUUUCCUGAUCGUAGCUAACUCAAGAUGUCUGUCCAGAAGAAAUCCUUGCACAGUGUCCUGUUCAAACACCUGCCUCACUCUGCCUUAAAGUCCUUAGUUUGGCUUUCAGUGAAGAAUUUCAUUAUUCUCCAGUGAAAAAUCAUGUUCCUGAGGAUUUUCCAUCCCAGAUUAAAAAUGUAGGCAAACAUAGAAAUGCUUUUUUUUUUGUCACAGAAAUACUACAAUUGAUAAACAAAAAACUCAUAACAACUAUGAUCGGAUUUUUCAAACCUCAGCCUGCCUCACGUUGGUGGGGGAAAUGUGAUGUCAUCUGACGGAUCACAAUGAUUUCUCAGAUUGUCUGACGAUGACGCUGGUUUGACUGAGGGCACUUUGAUUUGAACUACUUUUUACUGGUUUCCAAAUGAAUCCUCAUGUAGUGUUCUUUAGAAGGUGUGUUUUCUCUUUUAAAGGUGAAUUUUACUGUUUUACUGAAGUCGCCUGGAGAAAAAACACCAACUCCUCUUUCCCCCUUCCUUUGAACACACAGUUAUUCAACAGAAGACGUUCCUUCAGCCUGAUCAGGGAUUUGGAAAAAAACACUGAAAAAAGAGAGAUUCUUUGUAAAAGUUGGCCUGAAUUUGGUGUGAUUCCAGUAUAGACUGGUGAGUGAGGAGGCCUUUUGUGUUGUUCUGGGGACAUUUUAUUUUUGCUGCAUUCAUUUUCAGAAGCCAGGAUUUCCAGAUGUUUGUUCCCUUUUGUCUGCUCAGACACAGAAAGGGAAAGGAUGGGGAACCAACCACCACUUCACUCUGUCCCUGUUUUCCUUUGUGAUCUGUGUUAAUCGGUUUUACUGUGUCUGUGAUACGUGUGUACGUGUUUAAUACACAGGAGUUCAAUAUUUACUCAUGCGACAGACCCCAUUCAAGUUGAUGGAGAGCACAACAAUGGCAAGUCCUGGAGGAACAGCAACAGGACAGGGAGUGAGAGGAAAUGCACCUUUUUUUCAAUUACAAUACCUAUGAUUGGUUCCUCAUUGCUUCGUCGACACUUCCUCAAUUGGCGCGGCUCCCAGUGCAUUGUGGGAUUGAGAUUUCCCAGUGCUGAGAAUUAAACUCCAUCUGCUGAGCUGACAUACACAAACACACACUCGCUGAGAAAUACAGAAAGCAGUAGAUCCAGGCACGGGCUUAUCUAAACAAGCACACAACAAACAAACACUUCUGGUAGUCAUGCAGGAAAGUAUAUACUCUCGCGCACACACACACACACACACACACACACACACACACACAGCGCCAUAAUGCCAUCUCCACUGUGAUAAACCAUUUUAGCUGUGAAGAUGAAAGUUUUAUCUCAAAUUAACAAGUUUCGGCUAAAUAUUGUUCCCCACAUGCCAAGCCAUGGCUAUGUGAAUACUGCCACUGAGCAGCCAGCUUUCCUGAUCUGCCCUAUGUGAAGCGAUAGUAUCACUGUGGUGGCGAUCCAGCCGGUAGCAUAGAUAAAUACAGUCAGAAUACAGAAGGAGCCCUGACUCUGCCGGUGUCAUUUUAAAAGGCAACCUGAAAGAAAAUACUGUUUUUCAAGCAGUGUCCCAGUUCAGAGUCUGGAUCCCUCCGCCAACCAAAGGUCAGGCUGAUUCUUCUCCUCCCCCUCCCCCUUCAUGAGACAAAGGUCUACCCUCACAAAUAAAGCCUAAUGGGGCGUGUUCAGGCCGUUUUUAUGUCUAAGUCAUUGUAGGAUGUUGUCGUCAAAGAGCUAAAAACGUUUGCACUACAUGCUGUGACGUUUCAAGUCAACACAAGAUGAACACCAGGUUGAACAUUACACCAGGGCAAACGUUACUUCCAUUUCUAAAUGUUGCCUUGUGAUUUACUUGUCCUUGCUGCAAACAUUCAAGCUUCAUGCCUUGCUUCUGUUAUUUACAACCUGCGUUGGUCUUGUCCAUGUAACAUUUAAAUAAGUGAUUGAUCACCUUUACACAUGUUCCUGGUAAAUAUGACCUGACUACUAUGUGAAUUAAUGAGCUGACAAAGAUCGCUCUUCAACAGUGAAGCAGUACAUAAUGGAUUGUUGAAUCUUGAGGGGCAGAUGCGUCCUGCAGAUUUGGGAUGAAGAAAAAAAAAGGGCAGCUUUUCUUGGCCUGAUGGUCCAUCUUUGUACAAAUGCUUUAUCAUAUCAUCAUAUCAUAUGUUGGUGAUACAUAGAGAACAUUUGAAUACAGAUUCACCUGAAAAGCUCCAGAGGUCAUGUGGAUUGUUACACAUAAUGUAUGUUCAACUUAAUAACCUUGGCUUAACUCAUCUUGUAUUACUUGAUUUUUUAAAAAAUUUCGUGUUAAGGCGCAAGUUUGAAGACGUUUAGAAAAAAUCUGGGUCACAAUUACUGGAUCACAAAAACUUUUUAAAAUCAAAUGGACACCAGCGAACUUGCCUCUUUAAAAUGGAGUCACUCACUCCAAUGAGCCAAUCAGGGAUCGCUGUGUCAGGGAAUAUCGUCAGUCAUAAAAAUUAAAUUCAGUGUUGUCCUGAAUAUCUCUCUCCAGGUACAGGAGUGAAAUUUGUUUAAAUUUCCAAUACAGGCAAACGUUUUUUUUGUUUUUUUGAGUUUGAUGGUUAUCUCUGCUGUAGCACUUGUCUUGGGAUUAGAUAUUCCAUAAUGUAUUUUCAAACUUGGUCUUUGACCCAGUGUAGUCCAACUGCUUGGAAAGUGUUUAUCGCCUCAGUGCUUCCUUAUUCAACUCUGUGGUUCCCCCGAGGCUACUUUAAGGUACUGACUAAAUAACAGAACAGCAAACAACCAUACCUAGUCCCAUUUAAAUUCAAAUGCACCCACUACCCUUCAACAAAAUGAGAACACCAGCUUGGUUCUUGGCAGCGCCUUUUUUUUUUUUUUUUUUUUUUUUUUUAAGUACAAUGGUCCUGUGAGGGCUACAUCUUUUUUCCAAGAGCUAACAUGUUUCUCACAGUCCAGCUGCUACAGAAAAUAUAUAUAUAAAAAAAAAAACCUGAAAGAAAAUGAGAUGAGAACGUCACUGACUGUCUUUCCCAUCUGAGCACAAGAUUUUCCAAAGACGCAGCGAGGAGGAGAGUGAGGGUCUGUCCUGGUGUUCUUGUUGCGUCGGUGUGCAGAGGAGGGCUGCUAAAUUAUCAAUGAUUACCUUGUUAUAUAUUUAGCUUACUCCUCGAGCGUUCUACACAGACAGGACAACACGGUGAACUUUCCGAACUUGAACUGCAAAUAUAGAAAAAGAGCAACAACAACAAAAACAAAAAAAAUAAACAGCUCAAGUUAACUGUCUGUGAUAUUGUCUGUUUGUGAUUUACUCGUAUAUGAUCAUUUUAAAGUGUUGUCAUCACUGGACAUGGACCAGUGGAGCUGUAUUUAGACUGACAAUGUUCUAAUAGCCAUUUUUCUGUCCGACCUGGGGUGACAUUUAUAUUAAAUGCUUCAGUCCCAAGUUCUGCAAAUCCUAAAUGUGUAUAGGAAGAGAGAUAAUAUAAACAUGUAUACGAGGGGAAAGCCAGAUGAACUGAGUCCUUCCUCUGGUUUACACGGUAUCCUGCAGAUGAAGAUACUGACUUACAUCCAGUGUAAACACUCAGUCCAGCUGGGCCCCUUGAGAAUUUAUGAAAUGGGCAAUUUUUUUAUUUUUGUCAUGAUUUUGUUGUUGUUGAGAUACACAUCUUAUUGCUUUUGAUGUGCCUAAGAAGAAAAUCUCCCUCAUAAAUGUGUAACUGUGAAUUCUCAUGAAGAAAUGAGCUUGUAGAAACUGUGAUUACGUCUUGUGCAUUGCUGUAAGUUUUUUCUCUCUUUCGAGUGAUCGGAGUUGAAUGUGGGUGAGUGUGAGUGUGUGGGAGUGGGUGUGUAUGUGUGUGUCUGUCUAAAUAGGGAAGUUCAUGUCCAUGUUUUUUCGUCAAUGGUUGUGACAUUCCAACAGCAGCCACCACCUUUUCUAUUAUCCAAAGCCUCUCAAUAAACAUAUCAUCGUGCCAUUCUU